CUUUUUCAAGCUUCAAACGACCUUCGUCAGCAAAAUAACGCAGCCCCUGAGGCACCAAGUCCGCUCCCUCUCUCCCUGAACAUGAAGUGAGAAAUGAAAGAUAAAAAGGCAACGAUGCUGUGUCUAUCUUACGUUGAGACACAAAAACUUUUUCGUUUUUCAAGCAGUAAUGGGUAAUUGGAAAACAGAAAAAGAACAAAAAAGGAAGACGUCUUUGAAGGAAAAGAAGAACAACUCUCAAUCAAGGGGACACGCAGCAAAAAAGCCAAAUCCACCAGACUGGUCGAGUCUUAGUUUAUGGUACACGAGUAACUCUGUUACCCAAAUUAUAAAGAGCCUACCCUCCUUUUCUCUUCCAAAGAGCGCCAGCAAGCACAAAAGCUCUAAUGUUUCCUUCGCUAAAACUGUCGCACAACGUAGCAAGACCCAAAAAGAAAAACUCCGCAUCUCAUGGCGUCUACUCCGUAUAUAUCGUGAUGUAGAGAGCAGAACAAUAUUGGAAAAAGAGAGAGAAAAAGAGCACUAGGUCCUCGGGGAGACAUCGGAUCCUGACUGAACAAUGCUUCCGCAUCAAGGUGUCGUCGAGCUGCUCCCGGGGUCUUGUUCAUUGCCAACGUAUACACACACACCAAACCUGCCACUGGGUAUCAAUCCACCGACACACAUAUAGACUGUAGAAGAAAACCGGUGUUUUCCAAAUAGCUGCCAAGAAGCGCAUUCUGUCGGGAGCGAGUACACUAUCCGGGUUCUCUUUUGCAAAACAGAGCUUUUUUCCAACUUGUCCAAUAUCGAUAAAAGAAAUGCCAAAGAUAAAAACACCAAAUCGAUGAAAUCAUAAGAGUUUCAAACAGAAGACGCCACCAUGCCGCAUGAUGAUUAAGGACGUGAAGAAAAUCUGGCGUAAUGCGUGCUACAGCAUUAUUGCUUUUGAUGCCGUAGGCAAGAAACAUGUCUAAGAAUGUCAAUCAUGCAUUACCACACUUCAAGCUGGGUUGGCCUUGACACGCUUUGCCAUCCGAGGAGUCUGAGGCUUAACCCUGUUCUGUAUGCCGUUGACUUGGCCAGCGCCUGGCGCGACGGAAUCAUCCUCAACUUUGACAGUAGACGGACGCCGACGCUUGUUAGAGGCCGGUGACGUGUUUGCACUUGGUCCGCUCGAACUCGUUCCCUGUUGGCUUGGCUGGAGCUGCAUGCCAGGAGCUUGG